GGAAUGCGAGCAAGAGACAACCUGUACACAUACCUGCAGAAAGCCAUCAGCGAGAAGCUGCAGGGCGGGCAGGACAAGGAGUAUUCAGACGCCCUGGACAUCCUGAUCGAGAGCGCCCGCGAGCAUGGCAAGGAGCUCAGCAUGCAGGAACUCAAGGAGUCGACAGUGGAGCUGAUUUUCGCUGCCUUCGCCACCACGUCCAGUGCGUGUACCUCUCUGGUGUUACAGCUGUUACAGCACCCUGGGGUGUUAGAGAAGCUGCGUGAGGAGCUGGGCCAUCAGGGGCUGGUUCAGGAGGGCUGUCGCUGCCAGGAGACCCUCCGCAUGGACACCAUUGCCCGCCUCAAGUACCUGGACUGUGUCAUUAAAGAGGUGCUUCGCCUGCUGCCCCCUGUGUCCGGGGGUUAUAGGUCAGCACUGCAGACCUUCGAACUCGAUGGCUGCCAGAUUCCCAAGGGAUGGAGCGUAUUGUACAGUAUCCGAGACACCCACGACACGGCGCAGGUGUUCCAGAACGUGGCCGCCUUCGAUCCUGAUCGUUUCGGCGAGGAGAGGGACGAGAACAAGGGCGGACGUUUCAAUUACAUCCCGUUCGGGGGUGGGGUGCGUGGCUGCCUGGGCAAGGAGCUGGCCAAGCUGGUGCUGAAGGUCCUGGGGGUGGAGUUGGCUAUCUCCAGCCGCUUCCAGCUAGCCACACGCUCCCCCCCACGCAUGCAGACCGUCCCCGUCGUCCAUCCCGUGGAUGGACUCAGGGUCCGCUUCUGUGGCCUGGACUCAAACCACAACCAGAUCCGGCCCUCUGGUUCUGAUCCUCUGCUGGGCUCCACCGUGUGA